CUUUGGUUUUUGGUUGUAAACAAAUAUUUAUGAAGAAAACAUGAAUGUACCGAGGUACGAAUUUUGUGAAGAAAAUAAACAACUUUUGUUAAAUUUUAUCAAAAAGUCAAACAAAUGUAAAUCUAAUGUGAAUUGCAACAUUGCCGCACACAAUAAUCUGUCGAAUGUUCUACCUCUGAAACAAAUUUUAGAUAAACUUUCAGAAGAGACCGAAAUAAUAGACAUUGUAGAUAGCGAUGAAGAGCAAUUAAAUGCAGAAGAAGCAAAUGAAUUUGUAUCACAGAUCUUACAGAAUAGUAUACAACCAUUUAAUGAAACUGUGGCAGAUGAUAUAUCUGAUGCCAUCAAAGAAAUCCUACAAAGUAAAAAAACAGCAGCUGACCAUGUGAUAUCAGAUCUUCACAAGCAUAAUUUGGAUCUUGUUAACAUUUUUAAACAGUUAUUUGAAGAGUUAAGUUUUGAAAAUGUUAUAGAUUUGGGGAUUUUACUUAGUUCUCACAGUAUCACCAAUGAUGAGAUAAUUUUGUCUUAUGUGAGGCAUAUGUUAAUUAAACAGCUUGCAUUGGAAUAUUCAGACAAACUUCAGGAUAACCUGAAUAUAUUUUGCAUAAAAUAUCCAGAAAUUUUAACAGAAGAGCUAUCUAACUACAUACUAAGUUCUUCUGACAAUUACUCAAGGGCUACUUUACAAUUUAUAGAUGGGUUAUCUGUAGAAUUUAAAAAUAAAUUAUUAAGAAAUUUUGUCUUAAAUUGCAAAAGUUUGGAAGAAUACCACUUAGCGAUUCUUGACAUUUUAUUGGUAGAUCAAACUGAAAUCAACACCAUUAACAGAUUAGUAGAAUUAAUGUCUAAAUCUGCUGAAAAUUAUUCCACCAACAAAGUGUUUGGGAAAUUUUUGCAUAAAGUAGUUCAGUUUUUGGAAAAAAAUGUUUGUUUAAUGGAGAAACCCAUGAACCACAUCAUAGGAAACCACAAAUCAAUCUGGAAGGUAAAAAUUAAAAAAAUAUAUGAUGGAUUUAUGCAAGACAGUUUGUUGAUGUCUCAAACUUUAAGAGAUUAAAUUUUGUAAAUCAAUAAUUUUGUUUAUUUUUAAAAAUUUGGACGGCCGUCAAAUCCUUCAGUGUAUCCCUUCCCUUACCUCACACCACAUGUUUCUUCACUCCUGAUCUACAACUGGACCGUAUCGGCACUUACCUGUACCUUCUGUCACACUACUUACUACCCUUCACCUCACUCAUAUCAACCUUCUGCAAAUCUAUAACCUUCAAUUUUUGUGGCAGUCUUGCCAGGAUAAAUAUUAAACUCACUUCACCGUAGCUCCCUG